CUCCAUCACCGGUUUAUAAGCUAUGUACAGAAGCACUUCCGCAUAUCUGCGUUUCAAGCCUCCCCCUGAAAUACCAACCUCAUAGUCCUCCAAUAUAACACGCACUUCCGCGUCUCACGCCUCGUUUUCAUUUCUUUCUCACCUGACUUUUACACUUCAGUCAGUGCCUCGAGAAGCAGCAUCAGCUUUUAGCUGCAUGUGUUGAGGAGACUGAGCUGCUGGGAAACCAUAGAAAAGAGCGUCUGAGCAUCACCUUUACUGUGUAUAGCGAUACCUCACAUAUGUAACAUGAUGUCCGUCAUCGUAUUCCUGGGGCACAAGAGAUCUGAGUGAUAGAUAGUAAAGAAGAGUUUGCUCAGGAACAAUCUUACUGCUCUUUCGGCCAUGUCGCUAAGAUUUGGGCAGCACCUUAUCAAGCCCUCUGUCAUCUUCUUGAAGACGGAACUUUCCUUUGCUCUUGUAAACAGAAAGCCAGUGGUUCCGGGCCAUGUAUUAGUUUGUCCUCUCAGACCAGCAUUGCGUUUUACAGACCUGAGACCCGAGGAGGUGGGUGACCUCUUCAUCGCAGCCCAGAGAGUGGCCAGGGUAGUGGAGUCUCAUUUUGGUGGUACGUCACUUACCAUAUCUCUGCAGGACGGGCCAGAGGCUGGGCAGACUGUACCUCAUGUGCAUGUGCACAUCCUGCCCAGAAAAGCAGGAGACUUUAAGAGGAAUGAUGAGAUAUAUGAGGUCUUGCAAAACCAUGACAAGGGAGGACAGGAGAACCCAGACCAGUGGAGAUCUGAAGAAGAGAUGGCAAGUGAGGCAGAAGCUCUCAGACUUUACUUCUGAACCUCUCUCUACGGAGCUGCUAGAUUACAAUGCAUGCACCCUCAUUGGCUAUAAUGGAAAAUACAAUGCAUGCACCCUCAUUGGCUAUAAUGGAAAAUACAAUGCAUGCACCCUCAUUGGCUGUAAUGGAAAAUACAAUGCAUGCACCCUCAUUGGCUGUAAUGGAAAAUACAAUGCAUGCACCCUCAUUGGCUGUAAUGGAAAAUACAAUGCAUGCACCCUCAUUGGCUGUAAUGGAAAAUACAAUGCAUGCACCCUCAUUGGCUGUAAUGGAAAAUACAAUGUAGCACUGAGGAUAGCUGGAUUUCAGUUUGAAGUUUCUGUGUAUAGAUAGAAAUAAAGAUAGUGUGUUGGAGCUCA